AUGAAGAUGAUUGUUUCGGUAGCUUAUGGUACAAAUAAUCAGGGUGAAAGGCCCAACCUUUGGACUGAAAUUGAAGCUUCUUCCUGUCACCUCAAGAUCUCAGGCAGGCCCUGGCUUGUAAUGGGUGAUUUCAAUGAAAUCAUAUCACCCUCGGAGCACUCAAAAUAUGAUCAAUACACAAGCAAAUGGGGAAUGAGAGAUUUCAGUGAUUGUCUUCACCGCAGCGGCCUCUUGGACAUUCCUUCAUGUGGAAAUUCUUUCACCUGGACUAACCGACACAUCUCAAAGAAGCUUGACAGGAUCCUUGGCAAUGACUCCUGGCUGCAGACCUUCCCACAAAGCAUUGGAGUGUUCGGAGAGCCAGGCAUCUCGGAUCACAGCCCUUGUUGUGUUUUUUUGGAUCAACUGAAGCCAAAGCAGAGACCUUUUAAGUAUUUCGCUCACCUGGCUCAGCACCCGGAUUUUCAUACGCUAAUCAAAGAAUGCUGGAACACUCUAUCUUUUAGUGGCUCCCACCAGCUCCGAGUAUCAAAGAAGUUGAAGUAA